CUGCACUGUCAACUCACUCCUCAGGCUGAAUCAUCACCCACUCUGCAAGCCAGCUGACGAGAUGACACAGAAGGCAAGUCUUCUCCUGGCCACACUGGCCAUCUGCUGCAUUGCCACAAGUUAUGCCUUACCUAUGGAAGGAAUUAUCAGUGACCUGAAGUGUAGAUGUGUGAGAUACACGUCUGCCUACAUAAAUCCCAGAAACUUCCGGCACAUCGAAAUAAUUCCCCAAGGAGCUCGUUGUCGCCGUACUGAGAUAAUUGUCACCUUGAGAAACAACAACAUUGUCUGUGUGGAUCCUCAGGCACAAUGGAUCAAUCAGCUAAUCAGUAAUGUCAUAGCACUGAAAAAAAGCACUACAGCGGAGAAAGCCUAAGGAAACAUGAAAUACUGAAGCAGAAAACGAACUUAAACUGUGAACAACGCUUAACAGAAUAUAUCACCUGCUAAAACGUUUUUUUCUCUUUUACUUAGUGCAUCCAUGCCAAGCUUUAAAUAUGUCUGCCUAUAAAGCAAAAGCUGGUAAACUGUACCAGCUGAGUUUCAAAUUACUCAACCUGGGUCUUUCUGACUACCUGUGAAUCCAAAUAAAAUGUGACCUUUAUAAAUGAAACACUGUUUAACAGCAUUAUAAGAGUUUUUUAAACUUAUGAUUAAGCUGUAGUGUUAUGCAUUUAAAAUGAUUUUCUGAUGUCUUUCAUAAAUCAAUGCUUGAAAACUGUGAAAAUUUGAACAUCUAGUAAAGUAUAAUUAAAAUACAUAUACAGUACUUAAUUGUAAUAAUCAUCUUAGAAUUGUAUAAUUAUAAGACUUUAAUAAAACAUGGCGAAAUUUU